AUGGAUGCGGUCGACGGGCGCGCUGGAGGGGAACGCGAUGCGCGCGCGGACAAAGCCGAGGCGACGACGGCGCGCGUCGAUGGGUCCGCGUCCACGGAGGCCCCGCUCGAGCGCGCGUUCGGGGCGUUCUCGUUGGGCGCGAGUCGCACGAGCGCGGGCGGGCGCGGGGGGGGGGGGAGACGAAGUUUUCGACAGCGAGCGACGGCGCGGGGCGCGCGCGCGGAGAGCUCGAGCGAUGGGAAGGGGACGGCGAGUGAGGGCGUUGAGGCGCGGCGGGUGAUGUGGGGGGCGUUCGCGGAGCGCAUGAAUCGCGAGCAGACGAGUCCUGUGAAGACGUUCGAGUUGAACGCGAUGCCGGAGAAGCGGAGUUCGCGGAGGACGCCGAGCGCGAGCUCGACGGAUGGAGAGAGGGAGCGACCGAGCGUCGCGCGCUCGAUCGAGCGUGAGUUAUUGGAAGAUAUGAAUGGUGAGAGCGCUUCGGCGCCGGAGAUCGUGACCUCGCCCGAACCCAUGGCGGUGGACUCUCCGGGCGAGGACUCGGAUGCGAGCGAAUCGAUGCGCGUGACGCCGCCGCCUUCAAAGUUUAGUAUGGGCGCGAGCGGGGCGAGUGGCUCGGGGACUAGGAAGAGUGCGUCUUUUAGAAGUAACGCAUCGCCUCUACGCGUGGAAAUACGGACGGAGUCGACGGAGGCGGAGACACCGGCGUCGACGAAGAGCGAAGAGUUCACCUUGAGGGCAUCUCCCACAUCACCCGUCGUGAGUCCAGCAGAGGCAAAGAAGUUUACGUUCAACGCGCCGCCGUCGAAGAGUCCGUCGGUGAUGAGGAAGGUACGGUCGCCUGAUGCAUCGAAUGAAGCCGGUGGGAUUUUCAAGAUGGGAACAGAUGGUGUGCAGCCCACGCCCAAGCCUCGUAGUAACAAUAGGUACGCGCAACGCGCUGGAAGUAUCAGACGCACCGUGAGCGGUGGAACGCCGACCACACCCACCGUCUCCGAGGUUGAGGAAUUGACGUCAAAGAUAACGCUCGAUAAAU